AUGUACAAAUUCAGUGAUCAGGCCCUACUCUGGAUUCUGAAUAAUUGCUAUUUCAACUCCAGUAGUCUUGUGCCCCUUUUUUUGACCAAAGGAAAGAGCAUACCACAUUGCAGUCAGAGAAUACUUCGAUUGAAGAAAAAUAGACCCCAGAGGCUAAAACAGCUCAAAUCUAAUAAAGACAGGGGCACCAUGAUUUUCUACAGCAUCACAGGGCCUGGAGCAGACAGCCCCACUGAGGGUGUCUUUACCAUAGAGAAGGAGACAGGCUGGUUGUUAUUGAAUAAGCCACUGGACCGGGAAAAGAUCGCCAAGUAUGAGCUUUUUGGUCAUGCUGUGUCAGAGAAUGGUGCUUCAGUGGAGGAGCCCAUGAACAUCUCCAUCAUGGUGACAGACCAGAAUGACCACAAGCCCGACUCCACCCAAGCUGUCUUCAGAGGGAAUGUCUUGGAGGGCGUACUCCCUGGUACUUCAGUGAUGCAGGUGACAGCCACGGAUGAGGAUGAUGCCAUCAACACCUGCAACGGGGUGCUCGCCUACUCCAUCCAUAGCCAGGAACCAAAGGACCCGCAUGACCUCAUGCUCACUGUCCACCGGAGCACAGGCACCAUCAGUGUCAUUUCCAGUGGCCUGGACCGUGAGAAAGUCCCUGAAUACACACUGACCAUCCAGGCUACAGACAUGGACGGGGAUGGCUCCACCACCACAGCAGUGGCAAUAAUGGAAAUCCUUGAUGCCAACGACAGUGCUCCUGUGUUUGACCCCCAGAAGUAUGAAGCCCAGGUGCCAGAAAAUGCAGUGGGUCAUGAGGUGCAGAAGUUGACAGUGACUGAUCUGGAUGUCCCCAUCUCACCAGCAUGGCAUGCCAACUACCGCAUUGUGGGAGGUGACUGUGGGGACCAUUUUAUCAUCACCACCCACCUUGAGAGUAACCAGGACAUCUUGACAACCAGGAAGGGUUUGGAUUUUGAGGCCCAAAACCAGCACACCCUAUAUGUAGAAGUGACCAGUGAGGAUCCCUUUGUGGUGACGCUCCCAACCUCCACAGCCACUGUAGUGGUCCAUGUGGAGAAUGUGAACAAGGCCCCUGUGUUUGUCCCACCCUCCAAAGUUGUCGAGGCCCAGGAGGGUAUCUCCAUUGGAGGUAUCUCCUUCAUCUACACUGCACAGGACCCCGACAAGGAGGAUCAAAAGAUCAGCUACCACAUCCUGAGAGACCCAGCAGGAUGGCUAGCAAUGGACCCAGACAGUGGGCAGGUCACUGCUGCAGGCAUCUUAGACCAUGAGGAUGAGCCAUUUGUGAGGAACAACGUCUACGAAAUCAUGGUCUUGGCCACAGACAAUGGAAACUCUCCCACCACUGGAACAGGAACCCUUCUCCUAACCCUUACUGACAUCAACUACCAUGGCCCAAUUCCUGAGCCCCGUGAGAUCACCAUCUGCAACCAAAGCCCUGUGCCUCAAGUGCUGAACAUCACGGACAAGGACCUGUCCCAUUCCUCCCCUUUCCAGGCCCAGCUCACACAUGACUCAGACAUCUACUGGAUGGCAGAAGUCAAUGAAAAAGGAGAUACAGUGGCCUUAUCCCUAAAGAAGUUCCUAAAGCAAGACACGUACAAUGUGCACCUUUCUCUAUCUGACCACGGCAACAAGGAGCAGCUAACAGUGAUCAGUGCCACUGUGUGUGACUGCCAAGGCCAUGUGAAGACCUGCCCCCAACCCUGGAAAGGCAACUUCAUCUUCCCCGUCUUGGGGGCUGUCUUGUUUCUGCUACUCCUCCUGCUGGUGCUCCUCUUAUUGGUGAGAAAGAAGCGGAAGGUCAAAGAGCCCCUUCUGCUCCCAGAAGAUGACACACGUGACAAUGUUUUCUAUUAUGGUGAAGAGGGUGGUGGUGAAGAGGACCAGGAUUAUGAUAUCACCCAACUCCACCGGGGUCUAGAGGCCAGGCCUGAGGUAGUUCUUCGCAAUGAUGUUGCACCAACCUUCAUGCCCACACCCAUGUACCUGCCCCGGCCAGCCAACCCAGAUGAAAUCGGCAACUUCAUCAUUGAGAACCUGAAGGCAGCCAACACGGACCCUGCAGCCCCGCCCUACGACUCCCUACUAGUGUUUGACUAGGAGGGCAGCGGCUCUGAUGCGUCCUCCCUGAGCUCCCUUAUGUCCUCAGCCUCUGACCAAGACCAGGAUUACUAUUAUCUGAACCAGUGGGGCAGUCGCUUCAAGAAGCUGGCGGACAUGUACGGAGGCGGUGAGGAGGACUAG